AUGGCGACGGAAGUCCUGCAACAACAAGCAACAGUCCAAGUUCCCGAUGGGUGUACUAUACUCGAGCUUAUCAGCGCAUAUGGUCCUGUACACCGCACAAUCAAGAAAGAUCCUCCGCGUGACGCCACCCUGGAAGAAAUUCCCAUAAUUGAAAUCUCUCGCAUUUUCAGCGAUAGUUUGGAUGUUCGAAAGACUGUCGCCAAAGAAAUCCGUGACGCUGCUGCUACUAUCGGCUUCUUCUACAUGAAAGGACAUGGCAUUCCCGAAAAAGUCAUCAACACAGCCCUUCAGAGCGCACAGGAUUUCUUUCAUCAGCCGGAGGAGAUCAAGCAGCGCGUGAACCAAGCAAAUUCAAAGUGGUUUAAUGGCUGGAAUGGUCCCAAAUCUCAUCGGGCCAAUGCCGUAGAAUCAUUGGACGUACGCGAGAGCUUUGGGUUUCGUUACGACCCUCGCUAUGACCCGAGCGUGGACGAUGUGGAAUCGAUUCCACAAGAGAUCAAAGAUGGGUUUAGGGCAGAGGAAUACUGCUGGACUCAAACCGCCAACCUGUCGCACUUCAAAACUGAUGUACUGGAGUACUGGCGCUCAUGCCUCGCUGUGGCACGCCGGCUGAUUCGUAUUUUUGCCCUAGCCUUGGAUCUCCCCGAAGACUAUUUUGAUGCAAUGACAUCCCACCCCGACGCCGCGGUAGCUCUCAAUUACUACCCGAGUAUUCCAGAUAGCGUGGUUGAGAAAGCAGAUGCAGAAGUGGUGAGCAUUGGAUCGCAUACGGAUUUACAAUUCUUCACCAUGCUCUGGCAAGAUCAGAACGGCGGUCUGCAGGUACUCAACCGAGACGGACAAUGGCUCAAUGCCAAACCGAUUGAAGGCACAUUUGUAGUGAAUAUCGGCGACUAUCUCAUGCGUAUCACCAAUGAUCGGUUCAUUUCAACGGUGCACCGAGCUAAAAAUUUCAGCAAAAACGAACGAUAUUCUAUGCCAUUUUUCCUAGGAUUCAACUUCAACGAGACCUGCGGCGUCCUGCCCAGCUGCGUAGAUUCCGAUCACCCAGCCAAAUACGAGCCCAUCUCGUGCUCUGAAUGGGUUCAUCUGCGUUUUAAGGCAACGAACCUGGAGAGGGGCUCUGGCGGUGUACAUGAUGAGACGAGACCUAGUUAG